CUCUGCUUUGCUGUUUUCCCAACGCUUUUUGUUUGGUCCAAACCGGUCACCGUAGGUUCACGCGUCAGUGGAGUUUAAGAUGGCGGCCACCUUGACGAGAAGUCUUUCGGGUUUGCUGAGACCUCUGUCGCUGUUAGGAAGAGACUGUCUCUCUCAUGCUGUCAGAGUCACAUAUCAGACACCUCGCUUCUCAACUCUUGUACAGAGACAUGUCUUUAGACCACUGCAUCCUCUUCAUAGCACUGUACAACAGACUGCUUUACUGGAUCGUGUAACCCCACUCAUUCCUUCUCUGAAGCUUCAGCAGAGUAGAAACUUGACAUACUACAGUAUUUCGAAAGGCAAAAGGAAAUCAGUGAAGUCUGUAACGCAGCGGUUUCUCAGGCUGCACUGUGGCCUGUGGUUGAGGAGAAAGGCUGGUUAUAAGAAAAAGCUGUGGAAGAAGUCAGCAGCCAGGAAGAAGCGUCUGAGAGAACAUGUCUUCUGUAAUAAAACUCAAUCCAAACUGUUGGAUAAAAUGACCACACCCUAUUGGAAAAGAAGAAAUUGGUACCUCAAUGACCCCUACCAGAAGUACCAUGAUAGAGUUAACCUCAAAGUGUAAAAUGCUGAUGGUGUUUAUCCACAUUUCAAAUGCUAUUUAACAAUUUGUUGUAAAAUGUCAAAAAAAUCUGUGAGUCAAUAAAUAAAGCUUUAAAAAACGAGA